CCUGCAGAGGAACGUGUAACAGAAACAAGUGGUGCUCAACCCGAGACCGGCCGGAGGACAUCACUGCACACAGCUCUGCAGUCACUUGUCAGACUUCUGUCAGUUCCCAUCAUCCCCUCUUGGAGAAUUCGGUGUAUGGGACAAAAGUGCAAACGGGAGGAGGAAAAUGCAGUGCACUCCUGAAUCCAAAGUGUUCCUGGAGAGUCUCAAAGAGCAGCAGUGUUUUGAUGACUGCGCUGACAGCGGAUACUCGGGUCUGUUCCACAGCCCUCAGAGCCUCUCUGCUGUGCUCUCCUGUCCAGCCUUAUCUCCAGUGGAAUUCAGCGAAAGGCCAAACGAGAAAGAAAACCUCUGGCUUGCAGUCACACCUAAAGAGAACACCAGAGAAGCAGUGGAACGUUUGGCUAAAGACUCCAGAGUAAAACAGCGGCCCACAGCAGUUAACUGGUGCGAAACUCCUAAAGUAUACAAGAGAGAUGCCUCGUUGCGACACAGACUUCUGCUGUCCAAACCCUCCACGGACAAAACUGACAACACAAGAUCCCCAUGCAGCAGAAGGACUGAAUCUCCAAUCAGAGUCAAGUCUGAACACUGGCUCAGUGCAUCGUUUGACUCUCUGGACACUGUGGUGGGGGCUUUUGCAUCAAGCACUUUAAAAUCCCAGCAGGAUCUGCCACUAUCUGGUAGGAAAUGUCGUAUCCUCUUCACCCAAGUAAGGACCUCCACUCUUGAAGAUGGUAAACUCAACUCCGGUAACCUAUCCAAUUUUGAGGGAAGAGGUUCACUCGCAGAUGCAGAUUUCAGUGAGAGCAUUUCUGCCUCUGAUCAAGGUCAUAAUGAAACUUCAUGCUUUAUGAAAUCCCUGCCUGCUUCUUCUAAGGAAAACUCUCAAUCACCAGUCAGCCAUGUGGCAAAUAACCUAUAUGACAGCUCAAGUGGCUUGUACACCCCGUCAUCCUCGCAUACACCAAAAUAUAUCAGGUCUGUGUGUGAAGACAGUGGUUUUAGUUCCCUGGCCCUUGAUAAAUCCCAAGACUCCUCGGUGGACCAUGACGGCUCCUUCCUGGAGCUGCUGCUGCUGUCGGCCUCUAGAGGAAGCUGUGACACCCCCAAUCUGGCAGAGGCAAGGCGGCGCUCCCGUUUACAGCGCCAGCACAGGCUCUCUACCCUUAGAGAAGGGGGCUCUCAGUCUGAGGAUGACCCAGCGGAAAGAAAGCAAGACCGUCUUUACAGCCGUUCUAAAGAAGAUGAGGUUUUUGCUGACGGUGCCACCCCUCGCAGCGUACUUUUUGCUAAACAUAGUAAUAGUGUGAUGUCUGAUUUGGCCAUGGCUAAACAAGGUGAUGCCUCUCCACUAAGGGAAAAUACAGCCAAGCCAGAAAACAUGACACCUGCUAAUCCAGAUCUUAGGACAACCCCAGUCAAUCUGUCUCUGACUCCUGCUCUGCAGCUGGUUCAUGCUAUGUGCCAACAGCAAGCGCACAUGUUUUUUGGCCAAAGUCCAAGUCUGAAGGAGCAGUUGAAGUCCGCUGCAGCCCUGGCUGAGACCCCGGUGACCUUCAGGACCACCAUGCCUUUGGCAGGGCUCAUCGGCAGGAAGAUGGGCCUGAAGAAGGUGGACAUACUCUCAGAGCUGAAGAAGAGGAACCUCAGGCACAUCCUGGCCCUGGUCCUCAGCCACCUGACCCCGCAUGGCAUUUACAGGUGUGGUCAAGUGUGCAAAAAAUGGAAUGAAAUCAUCCAACAAGACAAGCGAGCGAGUUUCAAGAGAAGAAGCCACCUCAGUGAAAUGGAGGCGGCUCUUGAGAACGGCGGGGGUCUCCAUGUCCCUGAUGCCGACACCAGACUGGCUCUGCUCAAGAGGUCGGCCCUCAAGACGGUUCAGGCCCAAUCUAGGUCGUUCAGCUUCUGCACCCCCCAGUCAGCAAAUAGCACUUUAACCCCAUCAGGGCUCAGCACCUUGAAUUCAGGCAGCAGCCACAAAAGGGACAAAUUUCUAGAAGUUGCCAAAACGCUCUUCAACGAUGAGUCCCUGAAGCCAUGCCCCCGCUGUCAGAGCCCCGCGAGGUGCCACUCGGUGAAGCGGGAGGGGGUGUGCAGCACAGCGGACUGCGCCUUCCAGUUCUGCGCCGCCUGCCUGUGUGCCUUCCACGGCUCCAGAGAGUGUGGCAGCCAGUCUGCAGGCCGCCGCAGGAAGGACAUCAUCCUCCCAGGGAGCGCUCAAAGCAAGCGAAAUGUUCGGAGACUAUGAGCACAAAGUGCACUGUCAUUGUUUUUUGUUAUGCUGCGGUCACUUUAGCUUUUUUCUCUGCCAAAUGGUGGAGAUGAGGCUUGGCAACAAAGAGCCAGUACAGGAGAGCAACUUCUGUACUUAUCCAUGUGUCUUUGUGCCUGUCUUUGUACUGUUUUUUUUUUCUUACUUUUUUCAACACAGUUCUUACUUGUUUUUAAUUAUGAAUGUGAAGGAAGUCUCAUCAGCAGAACUAUGAUUGUAUUUAGCUGGUGAUGUAUUGUUCUAUACACAUUGAUCAACUGUACAGAAUGUUUUAUGGAAUUGAGAUUUUCAUCUUUUACAAAUGUGUUUUCAGAGUAUUUUUUAAAUAAAUGUUAUCUUUUUUUAAACUGG